AUGGUUGAUGGAAAGAUGUGUCAUCCGUCAGACUCCCCGGCGUGGAAAAAUUUCAGUGAAUUGCAUACAGAGUUUGCGGCAGAAGUUCGAAAUAUCAGACUGGGCCUGUGUACUGAUGGGUUUCAGCCAUUUGGGGCCUUCGGGCAGAAUUAUUCAUCAUGGCCUGUAAUUUUGACACCAUACAAUCUCCCCCCAGGGAUGUGUAUGAAAGAUGAGUUCAUGUUUUUAACUGUUAUUGUCCCUGGGCCUCGAAAUCCUAAACACCAAAUGGAUAUUUUCCUGCAGCCGUUGAUAGCUGAGCUGAACCAACUGUGGGAAUUCGGAGUGCAGACAUUCGACGUUCAAAGGCGACAGAAUUUCCAAAUGAAAGCGGCACUUAUGUGGACAAUUAAUGAUUUUCCUGCUUAUUCGAUGUUGUCUGGCUGGAGCACAUCUGGGAGACUGGCUUGCCCACACUGCAUGGAAAAUACAGAAGCUUUUACGCUUAAAGGGAGUAGAAAACAGUCGUGGUUUGAUUGUCACAGAAAGUUCUUGCCUCGUGAUCACCCGUACCGUCGUAAUACAACUCAUUUCCGAAAAGGAAAAACCGUAAACAAUAGUGUCGGACAGCCAAAAACCGGAGAAGAAUUGUUGGCAGAGGUUGACAGUCUGGGAUUUAUGAAGGCAUAUGAAAUUGGGGCUGAGAAAAAUAAUGCUGCGAAGUCGGAAAAUUAUGGUUGGAAUAAAAAAAGUAUAUUCUGGGAUUUGCCGUAUUGGAAAACGAAUCUAAUUCGUCACAAUCUCGAUGUCAUGCAUAUUGAGAAAAACGUAUUCGACAACAUUUUCAAUACUGUACUAAAUAUUCCCGGGAAAACAAAAGACCAUGCAAAAUCGAGAGAAGAGUUGAAUGACAUAUGUGCUCGGCCUGAGUUAGCAAAAGAUCCGGUUACUGGGAGAUUUCCUAAGGCAAUGUAUGCUUUGGACAGGGACGGAAAAAAGGCUUUGCUCGAGUGGAUAAAGUUAAUAAAAUUUCCAGAUGGCUAUGCGUCCAACUUGUCCAGAUGUGUCGAUACAAUCGGUAUGAAAAUGCAUGGAAUGAAAAGUCACGACUGCCACAUUUUUAUGCAAAGACUUAUGCCAAUCGCUCUCCGUGAGCUAUUACCGAAGGAAGUGUGGGAGCCUAUAACAGAGUUGAGUAUCUUCUUUCGUGAGUUAACCUCCACGUCUCUAACAGAGAAAGAUCUAGAUCGUAUGAGGCUGGAAAUCCCAAAGAUAUUGUGUAAGCUGGAACGUAUUUUUCCUCCCAGCUUUUUUGACUCCAUGGAACAUCUACCCGUACAUCUACCGUACGAAGCUAUGAUGGCAGGGCCGGUUCAGUAUCGCUGGAUGUACCCAUUUGAAAGAUAUUUGAGAAAACUGAAAAAAAAAAGUGAGCAAUAAAGGGAGGGUGGAAGGAAGCAUUAGUAGCGGAUACUUAAAUGAAGAAACCGCAAAGUUUGCAGCUUAUUAUUUUUCAGAAGGUGA